AGCAACCGUGUCGGGCCUAGAAAUCCAAAGAGCCUGACUCGAGUAGUCGCGGCCCCCGCGUUGGUAGCCCCCUGGCUGGGCGAGGAACCUGAAGAAAUAGAAAGACAGAUGAGCGGAUGACAAACAUGGAGAAACCCAUCACCUUGAUGAAGAAGGGCUUCAAUGAGCUGCAACAGAAUCCGAUGCGAAACCCAUCAAAAAGCAACAAAACCAACCCCAGCAAAGCAUCCAAAGCCAUCAGGGAUUUCUACGCGAAGAAGGCUGAGCAUCGAAUGGCAGAUCCCUUUGCGUCAGACUACACCCCUCAGUUGGAUGAAUUACAGAAAACUUUUUGCAUGCGCCCCGGAUGCCCAAGCUACAGCCACAGAGCAACUUCGACAUCCCACAUUGAAACCAACUUCCCCAAACCUGCUGAGCUGCCCAGCAACAUCAGCACCGUAAGCCUGUCCUCCCAACUAUCUUUGGAUGACUGGGCCUCCGUCUUUCAGAAUCCAGACCUUUUAGAAUCAAAGAGUUAUGUCAAAUUUUCUCCAAGUGAAGGCACACCAACAAAUGCCUCUGGCUUAUCCAAGUGGAGGAGUUACACCGAAGGAUGCGCUCCUCUGGUCCAAAUGAAAAGCCACACGGGAGACAAAGCCCCCUGGUAUGUUGCUGUGCUUCGUGAGAAGGAUGUGUCUCUGCAGAAACUGGCGGAAGAGCUUGCCCGCCUUGCCAGCUGCGAAGCGGAGUGUGCCCGCAAGGACGAUGUGAUCUCAAUCCUGCGCGAAGAGGUGGAGACGAUGCAGAAACAGCUGGACCAGCUCCAGCGGGGGAGUAUCAACAUCUCCAAGGAGUCUCAAGACGGAAAGAGGAGUCAAAGAGAGUUCGUAGUGGCAGAAACCAGUAAUGACUGGGCCCGCAAAAGAGGCUUCUCGCUCCCAAGCCAAUUCGAACAGAAGAACAUCCCGGAAGACUUCCGCCAAGAAGUUGAGCGUCUGAAAUCAGAGUUCUUCCACUCAAAUAAAAUCCUGGACUCCAAGAUGGAGGUGCUGAAUGAAACACUGCAGAAGGACCAGGAGGAACUGGAGCAGUUAGAAAAGGAGUACACAGAAAUACAACAAAAGGGGACCCUGGAAUAUGGGGAAGAGACACUCCCCGAAAGCGAAUCCAAAGAGUCCAAAGAAGGCUUCGAAACCGUGGAGGAGCUGGAGGAAGAGUUGAUCGUGCGCAAACUUUUUGAAUUCCAGAGGAUGAACAACGAACUUUAUGACGAACUGGAGAAAGUGAAAAACGAUUAUGACAUGGCCACAGGAGCUAUAUCUUCCUUGCAAAGACAGCUGUCUUUUGAGGGAUCCCAGCUCCGGAGAGCUCACGCAGAGAGGGAACUGUUGCAGAAGGAGCUAAGAGAGCGGGGAGACCAGCUGGAAGCUAUGUCUAAUAAGUUUUGCAACCUACGAGAAGAGAGGAAACAUGAAGAAAUGAUGGGAUCCAUUGAGAGGGAGAAUUAUAAACUUCGACAGAACGUUUCUGACCUGGAAUGCAAGCUAGAGGACAAGAGCCAGCUGAUUGACAAUUUGCAGAGCAAUGUCAACCGGCUCCAGGCUGAGCUGGUGGUGAACCAGCACCAUAUUGGGAACCAGUUGACCCAGCAGAGUGAGCUACAGAAACAACUGGAGGUCUUGCAGCGGGUGGAACAGCAAACCAGAGUCACACUGGAGGCCAUCAGUGCACGGUUUGAACGAUUUCGCAGCAAGAUCAUCCAGGCCACCUACAGCACUCCAGGGACCAAGUCUCCCCAGGCAGAAAUCACAGAUGACGAAGUCUUAGAGGCUUUGCAGAAAAUAAUAGCCGACCGUUUGGAUUUCCAUCAACUGUUGAAACAGAAAGGCGUGAAAGUCCCGUCGCUGAUCAGUCCCGAAUCCAGCACCCCGACUACUCACAAGAAGAAGAGCUCAAGCAGAUAGAAGCCAAAACGUGUGUCAAUGUGUGCCUGGGACUUUCUAUUUUCUUUCUUCUUUGAGUAUCCCUGACAAAGUGCCUGAAUGAAAAAAGUCUUUUGUCUUCAAACUCACUUGGAUGGGUCUGGUUUUUUAUUCCUGAUGCCAGUUCAGUGAUCACACUCAUUCUGAGCAUAUAUACUCAUCUACAAGUCGAGGGCAGGUUUUGGGGACAA